AUGCGUUUUUGUAGGGUAAGUUUUUUGUUCAUGGGCUAAAAUUGCUGUGUCAUUCGUGGUGUUCUUGUGAUCCACCUAACAUGGCGGAUAAACGCAACAGCUGCUCUGGUGUCGUCGUUAAUUAUUACUACGUCUCCUAGCUUUAAUAGAGAAUAUAGUGGAAGCAUUUUGGUGAAUUUCACAUUUUUUCCUAAUGUGGGUGUUUGCUGCCGUAUUCAACCUCAUUUGUAGUGUUUACUGUGUUCAUGGGAGUUUUUAAAUGCGACAGAAGUCAAGAUUUUGUAAGGUUCAAAGAUGGCGACUGUGCUGCUUUCCGAUGGUAUAAAUGCGGAUAUUCUGGUUCAGAGUGCGCUCGUGGAGAUCAGCCCUUGGUUCUUGCGGGACACGCGUGACCUGGUCGAGGAACCAAUGGGCUUCAUGGUAUUUGCCCUAGAAGCCCGCGUUUGAGUUGUCUGGGCCAAUCCGCGUGGUUACUUUGCACAUGUUGACGUAAUGUAAUACGAUAAGGAGAAGGGUGUGUUCGGUGCGCUUGCAUUUUGUGGAGGAUUAUCUGCAAAAGCCAGUUGCAUGCGGCGUUUCGGCAGCAUUGCAACAGUCUGUCCAAUCGCUUUGUGUAGUUUCUUUGAUGGACAGUCGGCAUUUGCGAAUAGGUUGGUUCAAAAGGCUGUAAAGGAAGUGGCUACCUUCAGGGGCGCGGCCUGGUUGACUGACACGAAAGGCGACCAAUAGAAUGUCUGAGGGCGUGUUCAGUGCGUGUAGCUGUAACCAAUAGAACGUCAGAUGGGUCUAUAUAGACGCGGGUGCAGUCGCAGAAACGCCAUUUCAACGAACAGAUCGAGGGAGGCCGCGUCGACGGGGAGCGGAGGAAACUGGCGAGCAGACUCCGGUCCCGGUUUGAAUCUAGCUUAAUCACAAUCCGGAUCCAUCCCGAUGGAUAUGGCUCUUAACCCGCCCCAAGACAGCUCCCUCCUCGGGCUUGAGGUUGGCUUAAUGGGAGUCACAACGAUGGAGCAGAGUUCUGGCGCAGCUGGGAAGCGAAUCAGGAAACCUUCUCUGCUUUACGAGGGCUUUGAGAGUCCUGGGCUCCCUGCUCUUAGCCAGCUGACACCCUCUGGACCCCCUCAGCCCCCAAUCAAAGACCCCAAUCGACAGGGAAGGAUGACCAACCAGCUCCAGUUUCUACAGAAAGUGCUUCUGAAGUCGCUAUGGAGACAUCAUUUUGCCUGGCCUUUUCAUGAACCAGUUGAUGCUGUCAAGCUCAGCCUACCUGACUAUCAUAAAAUAAUUAAAACACCAAUGGACAUGGGUACCAUAAAGAAAAGACUGGAGAAUAAUUACUACCGCAGUGCAAGUGAAUGUAUGCAAGACUUCAAUACCAUGUUUACCAAUUGCUACAUAUAUAACAAGCCCACAGACGAUAUUGUGCUCAUGGCUCAGUCUCUGGAAAAGGCGUUUCUACAACAGGUGGCAAAGAUGCCCCAAGAGGAAGUGGAGCUGGCUCCUCCCACCCCCAGGAACAAACCGAGCAAAGGCGGCAGAAAAGGUCGCGGUGCAGCAGUGUCUGGUGGAAUAACUACAGCUCAUCAGGUCCCAGCUGUGUCCCAGUCUGCCUACUCUCCGCCAACUCCAGACACUCCAGACUCUGUCCUGUCCACGCCUCCACAGACCCUCCUCACCAAACUCCUUCCCCCAGAACAGAGUGCUCCUACAAUCACCGGCCUGCCCCCCACACAGCCCACCGCAAAAAAAAAAGGUGUGAAGCGGAAAGCAGACACAACCACUCCCACCACAGUUGCGAUGCCCCUCAUGAGCUCCCUGGGCGUUGGUGCCAUGGGGCUGGGACUCACUGGACAUGAAUCCCCCCACACUCUUGCCUCUCUGGGCAUGGCCAUGGACCCCGCCACCGCCCUCAGCAUGGGCAUGGGGAUGGGCAUGACGAUGACGCACGCCGGGGUCAUGAUGGGCACUAAGGCGGCUUCCGGGGGGCGCAGGGGGGUGAGCGGGCGACCCAUAAAACCCCCAAAGAAGGACUUACCAGAUUCAAUGAUAGCUGCUCCUGUACGUCGCAGUAAACUCGGACCCCAGCUGAGGUAUUGUAGCGGGGUCUUGAAGGAGCUGCUGUCAAAGAAACAUGCGGCGUACGCUUGGCCGUUCUACAAACCAGUUGAUGCGGCAACGCUCGGGCUCCACGACUACCAUGACAUCAUCAAACAACCGAUGGACCUCAGUACCAUCAAGAGGAAAAUGGACAGUCGAGAGUACAGAGACGCACAGCAGUUCUCCGCUGACGUCAGACUGAUGUUUUCAAACUGUUACAAGUACAACCCCCCUGACCACGAUGUCGUCACCAUGGCACGAAAACUACAGGACGUGUUUGAGUUCUGUUUUGCGAAAAUGCCCGAUGAACCUCCGGCCCCUCAGAGUUCUUCGUCCUCUUCGUCCUCUUCCUCCUCUUCAUCGGAGAGCGAGCUGAGCAGCGAGAGCGAGGAGAGUGACAGCAGCCCCUCGUCUGACUCGGAGGAGGAGAGAGCAAAUAGACUGGCAGAGCUGCAGGAACAGUUGAAAGCCGUUCACGAACAGCUCACUGCACUCUCUCAAGGCCCGAUUAUUAAACCCAAGAAGAAGAAAGAGAAGAAAGACAAGAAGAAGAAGAAAAAGGGGGAUAAAGAGAAACAUCGCCGACUAGAGGACGAGAUUGUGACCAUCAAACCGGCCAAAGCGCCAAAACUCACCAAAACCCCGAAGAACAAGAGCAGCAAAAGCCUAAACUCUGCUCCGGGAAAGAAGUCUGCCAGCAAGAAAACCAGCAAAAGCAAAUCCAAGAAGACUGCGCCCAUGGUUUUCAAUGUCCCGCCCUCGGCCCACGAACCAUUUAUUGGCCACUACGACUCUGACGAAGAGGAGGACACCGCGCCAAUGUCGUAUGACGAGAAGAGGCAGUUGAGUCUGGACAUAAAUAAACUGCCCGGAGAGAAGCUCGGACGCGUCGUUUAUAUCAUCCAAUCACGCGAGCCCUCACUGCGAGACACAAACCCAGAGGAGAUAGAGAUCGACUUUGAAACGCUAAAACCAUCAACGCUGCGAGAACUGGAGAGAUACGUCAUGACCUGUCUGAGGAAGAAGCCACGGAAGCCAUAUGCGAGUAAAAACAGUGCGGGGAAAAGCAGAGAGGAGCUGGCUCUGGAAAAGCAGCUGGAGCUGGAGCGCCGCCUCAUGGACGUCAGCGGACAACUCAACUCUGGGAAGAAGCCCGUCAAAGCCAAACCGGACAAACCGGCGGCAGACGCACACACACAGCCCUCUCGCCUCAGCGCCUCCUCCUCUUCCUCAGACUCUUCUUCCUCCUCUUCAUCCUCCUCCUCAUCAGACACAAGUGAGUCGGACUCGGGCUGAACUGAUGUAAAGUAUGGACUGAAUGAACUGACCGCGGGCGGAUCACAGCAGCACUAAACUGGACCCUCGGAGGGUCCUGGGACGGUCCGGACCGGGUUUUGGGACCCUGGAUCCAGAUCCACGAGUUUGAAGGAGAUGGGUGCUACAGCCAGAGGCUAAAUCUGGAGAUUUCCCUUCAAACCGUGCCCUGUCUUAUGCUGUAUAGAUACAGUGUACAGUUAUAUAAAUAUAUAUUUUUCUUUUAUAAAGAAGCAUUUUAUGGAGCUAAAUUAUUCCCUGAUUGUGGGAAAGAUGGACUGGUGUGGGCAGAGUUGUGUUUUAGUUUUUGUUUUUCCUCGAGUGAUGCAGAAAAGAGGGAGCCACUGUCUGUGUGAAUGGUCAUGUAUGUUAGCAUGCACAUGUGAGUACAGCUCCUCACAGUUUAAGCAGACAAACCUCUGCGGCAGAAGCACCUUCAGAGCGCAUGCAUCCAUUAAACCCACUGUACAAAAACAUCACAUUUAUACAUCAAUAUUUCUGUUUCAUGUUCGCUUAAAAUUUCAGUUUCUCUGUAUUUGUUGCUUUUCCUUGUGACCAAUCUGCAAAUAAAUUGUGAGGACGUGUUGUCCACUCACCCCUGCAAAGA